CCUUUUCAGGGUCAAGGUCAUUUCGUAUUUUGUUGAUGAUUUCGUAAUCACAGUCUCAUUUUGUCAAAAAAAACUAUAUAGUGGAUACAGAGAUGGCGGACAAUAACACGAAGCCAGAACCCAGGUAUGAACCAGUUUAUCUUGAUCGCCCACCUAUAGAGCAAUGGAUGGCUGAAGAACGUGAAAACGCUUGGCUGGAAUAUCAGGAAGCAAAGAAAGAGUUUCCUGAGUUGACCAAGCCAAAAAGUAGACCAAUUGAGUUUAUGGUUCCUUAUGUAGGACUUCCUGUAGCAGGUUGUUUAUUUAUAUAUGCUAUGUGGGGACUAAGGAGAAGAAAACUGGACCUUCCUAUGUAUUUAAUUCACACACGUUUAGCUGUUCAAGGAACAAUUGUAAUGAGUUUUGCUGCUAUUGGAAUUGGACAGUCAGCUAGACAUAUUCUAAAGACAUACUUUAAUAUUGGAGAUGGAGCAAUAAAAUGGUCAAAAUAAAAAAUAAAUUGUAUUUUUUACCUUUCAUCAGUCAGUGGUUUUUUAAGGGUUAAAAGUCAGAAAAUUAUCAGCUUUGGUCAUGACUGAUAAAAUGUAUGGUUUCAUUAAAACUUCAAUAAGUCAUGGCAUUUUGACAGGAUUAACUGUAUGUGAUUGACUGAUGGAAUUAUUUUAGGAUUAUGAAACUCUAUAUAAUCAUGGUCGUACAAGUGAAGGCAGUGAUGGGAAAUAUAAUUAUAUUUCAUAUUCUUAAACUCAACUGAUUAACAAAUGUAGAUAACUCUAAAGAUUUAUUACAACAAUUGUCUACUGAUGAAUCCUUUUUAAAAAAUGUAUUCUAUGCCUUGCCUGUGAUAUAUAUUGUUUAAGUGUCAUUUACAAAUAUCUAGCUUUAAGUUAAAUGUACUUAUUUGGACAAAAAUUUUAUAUAAACAUGGAACCUCUAUAAAUAGUAGUUCAAGAUGGGAUGUCAUGGUAGACAGAUUCAUCACACUUCAUAUACCUUAUUUGUUCUUAAGGCAGUUAAGAUUAUAUUAUGUAAGUUUUAUUCACAACAUUUCUCUAUUUUAUGGAUUCUGCUUUUGGUUGCAAAAAGAAUAGAAUUGGUACUGGAAUAUCAGACUUGCUAGAUUUGUUUAACAUACUAGUAAUCUGCUUGUUGACAGUUUUGUUGACAAGAGAAAGUUUUACCAACUGCUAUUUCAGAAAACUCAGCAAUUAAUUGAAUAAUUUCUAUUCAUGCAAAAAAAAAGUGAAUGAGAACAGAUCACACUAUUUGUAACAAUCACAUUAUUAUUCUAUAAGUGUAUAAGUGCAUAUUUAAAUGAAGAUUUGCAUUUCAGUCAGUCUUUGACAUUUCACAAUGAUAAACACACUCAUUGAUUUCCAAAGUUUUUGCUUAUGACACAUCAAAUAUUUAAAUAAGGCCAUCUAAAUAUUUAACUGGAGAAUUUUGUUGUCAUUACCGUCUAAAAUGCAUGAUUUUUGGAAUCUAUAGUAUAUCUGUGUUUCAUAGAGCUUAGUGUUUAUCUUGCCCAUUAAUUGUAAUUUUUCAGUCUUUAAAAUACAAUGUGAAAGAUGUCAUAAAUGUCUGUCAAAUUUUGGAAGAACAAAAACAAACAGUAACUGAUUUUACAAAGCCACUGUAACUUUACUGAGCAACUACUACAAAAAAGUUAAUAAAAAUCAUAUAUAUUUUUGUGGUAAGUUAUUUAAUGUAUGUAAAUAAUUUUUUAAAAAUGUAGAGAUGAAUAUUGUUGAAUAUUUUAUAAAAUGUGUUACUUUUAAACUAUGAAUAAAUAUACAAUUUG